AUGAGCAGACCAGUUCAGCAGAGGAUAGGGGAUAUAUAUGAGCAACUGUUUAGGGAAUAUUCCUCAACUAAGUACUGUGCGUUUCAAUUAGGGAGGAAGUAUGGAAACACAAAAAAUUGCACUAAAUUAGAACACUGUAUAAAGGCCUUUGAUGAUAAAACGGGAGCGUGCUUAGGACCUGAGAACCAGUGUGAACCAGGAUGGAUGGGACCAGGCUGUCAAUACGUAAAUUUAGCAUACAAAAUAAAUUCCACCAGGCCAAGUCUUGAUGGGAACUUGAGCACAUCUGAGGACAUCAGACGAAUACGGAUCGAUUUCCAUGGAAGUUUUAUAAUAUCUGCUUUAAAUAUUCGCGUUAAUUCGUCAAACAACGUAUCCAUCAAAACUCUAAAUAACGAGAUAUGUUACAUCGGACCGAUUAAGGAAGGCAUUCCUCUUGUAUUCUGCAGCUAUGUUCUGAGAACAAGUAUGCUAAACAUUUCCUUUACACGGAAAACAACCGUAUAUGAAAUAGAAGUUUAUGGAGGACGCAAUGUCGCUUUGUGGAAAAAGACUUCACAGUCAUCAGAUUAUGAUAGUGAUUACACAUCUGACAAAGCAGUGGAUGGCUGGGAUAGUGAUAGCGACACGUCGAAAAAAUCAUGCACACACACAUAUGAAAAAAAUGUGACUAAUGGUCCUUCUUGGAAUGUUGAUUUUGGACGCCUCUAUUCCAUUAUGUCAAUUCGCAUAGCAAAUCGGCAGAAUCUAGAAAAGCGGUUGAAUGGAUUUCGCCUCUUUGGUAUCAGCCCAACAGGACUCGAGGAGUUGAUGUAUACAGACAAAAUAGAUGCUGCUCCAAGAAAUCCAAUAUGGUUGGAUUCAUCAAUUAUUAGAACAACUUCGUAUCGCAAAUUAAUCAUUAAUGGAAAACGUUUGGUAUUCUAUAAAAACAGACACAAGAUUCUCACUCUGUGUGAAGUAGAUGUGUUUGGUAAUUUCAUAUUUUAUCUGUAUCCUUGA